AUGAAUGAUCCCGGCCUCGACGAUGCCGUCGCCGACGAAGCUGGGGUCCUUGACCAACCCUCUGGACGCCACGAUACGCAAAAUGAUGAGAAUCAAGCUCCAGUCGACAAUGAAUACCCGGAAGCUGCCCGGUGGUGGCUUGCAAGCACAGCGUAUCCUCUAGCGGCGGGUACCUUCGGGCCGAUGGCCAGUGCAUUCAACAUCUGCUCCUUAGCACAGACAUGGCGAAUGCAAAUCCAAAGUGAUGGCGGUGCGGUGGAUAUUCCAGACCCCAAAUGGGUGAUCGGGCUCAAUGCACUUUCUUUGUUUUGCGCAGUCAUUGCGAAUCUGAUGCUUUCGCUGAACAUGGCCCGUCGCAUUCGGUUUGUAGUGGCCCAGCCCAUCAUUAUUGUCGGGUGGUACAUGUCAUCAAUCCUGUUGAUCGGGCUUCUCAUUGCAUUCAGAGUGGUUGGGGACGUUCCAACAGGCUCUGGCCGCGUCUUUUCCCAGGCAUACUUCUACGGCGCCUAUGCAGCGAUACUCUACUUUAUCAUUUCCUGCCUGCUAGUGGUAACGGCUUAUGGAGCAUAUCGGGGCCACUACAGCCUCGAGUACAAACUUACCACGAGUCAACGGACGCUGAUGCUGCAGACCAUCAUCUUUUGUUUCUAUCUCCUCGGCGGUGCAGCUGUUUUUGCCAAGGUCGAGCACUGGCGCUUCUUGGAUGCGGUGUAUUUUGCCGACUAUACGCUGCUGACCAUCGGCGUCGGCAAUUUCGCGCCUGUCACCCACGUCGGACGCGGCCUGCUCUUCCCAUAUGCGAUCGGAGGCAUUGUGAUUCUGGGUUUGAUUAUCUCCUCGAUCCGAACAUUGACGCUGGAGAAGGGCCAGCAGAAAAUAGCGGAUGUGUUGACCUCGCGCACUCGCCGGUUUCUCGUUAAGCAGGCAUAUUCGGAUAAGAAUCUCUUCAAUAAGGUAGUGCCGCGCCUGGGAAAAGAGGCUGCUAGUUCUGAAGGACGCAGUUCACGCGAGCAGCAGAAGCAGGAGUUUAUCGUCAUGCGGCAAGUGCGACAGCUGGCGACGGUGCAACACAAAUGGAUAUCACUCAUAAUAUCCGUGGUUCUUUGGAUGGCAAUGUGGUUGCUCGGCGCCGUGGUAUUCUGGCGCUCUGAGGCUCAUAGGGAUUGGACCUACUUCGAAGCACUCUAUUUCGCCUAUACAACCCUCUUGACCAUUGGAUAUGGCGACUUAUACCCUGUCAGCAGCCUCGGCACAUCUUUCUUUGUAUUCUGGUCGCUCCUGGCGGUCCCCACGAUCACCAUCCUCAUUUCCAACAUCGGCGACACGCUCAUCCGGUUCGUGCGCGAUGUCACUAUCUUCCUGGGUGAAAUCACCAUUCUACCCGGAGACCAGUCACUCGGAACUCGCAUCAAGGGACUGAUGCAUGCUUCCUGGGUCGACAAAUGGAUUCAGGAGACUACAGGCGAGGAGACCACUGGGGAGGUCCUUUCGGACGUGGAAGCCAACGACGAUGGCGACCGCAACACAAUUGAAGUCGAGGAACAUAAGAAAGAAGAGUCAGCGCGGAAACGCGGCGACAUCGCUGCCGAGAAUGUGCAUCACUACAACUACCUGCUUUUCCGCGAGGUGCGCAAGAUGAUGGAAUAUGCCACCAGCAACCUGUCCAAGGAGUUCGACUACCUGGAAUGGGAAUACUACCUCGGCCUGAUCUCAGGCAAGCACAGGCCUUCGGAGUAUGGAGAGACCGAAGAAGACAAUGAAAAAGACAGUCUUCGGGACUGGAGUUGGAUUGACGGGAAGAAUCCCUUGCUGGGUCAGAAGAGCGAGGUCGAGUGGCUCCUCGGUGCGCUGACUGAGGUCCUGGAGCGGGAGUUGAAAAAAGCUAGUCGUGUGUAUCAUUCAUCCGAGGCAAGUGAGCGUUCGCAUCGUCCUGGUGACUCGGACGGCAGCCCGGAGAAUACUAUCCAGAGCGAGAAGCAGGAGUGA